AUGCAAGUUCUUCUACUCGGAGGCCAUGGCAAAGUCGCCCUUCACCUCACCCCACUUCUGCUAAAACGCGCCUGGAACGUGACCAGCGUAGUUCGCAACCCCGACCAUGAACGCGAGAUUCUGGCUCUGGGUCAGGGACUCAAGGGCAACCUCAAGGUCCUCAUCUCGAGUUUGGAGGACGUGAAAAGCGCCUCAGACGCCAAGCGGAUCAUUGAUACCGUUUCUCCCGACUAUGUGGUCUGGUCGGCCGGCGCCGGCGGCAAAGGUGGACCAUCAAGCACCAUUGCCAUUGAUCAAGAAGCCGCCAAGCACUUCAUGACAGCCUCUUUCGCGUCCCCUGGCAUCAGUAAAUUCCUCAUGGUCUCCUACCUUGGCAGUCGCAAGAAGCAGCCUACCUGGAUGCCAGAUAGUGAGUGGGCAGGCAUAGUCAAAACCAACACCGAAGUGCUGCCUACAUAUGCCAAGGCCAAACAGGAAGCAGAUGAAUAUAUGACCGCACUGGCGGCGCAGCGGAAGCGUGACCCCGAAGCAGCGAAACGCCCAUUCCAGGCUAUUAAUCUGCGGCCGGGAAUUUUGAAAGAUGACCCUGCGACGCGGAAGGUUGAUUUAGGAAUCACGCCAAAGGGACGUGGAAGUGUCACUAGAGAAGAUGUUGCCAUUGUUGCGGAUCAGUUGCUUGCACGGGCUGAUACGGAGGGAUGGAUUGAUCUUGUGAAUGGAGACGAGGUGGUUGAAGAGGCUGUUGAGCGGGUUGCCCGGGAGAAGGUCGAUGCUGUGGAGGGAGAGGAUGUUGAGGGGAUGAUCAAGAGAUUCUUUCCUUGA